GGCGGCGCUUCCGCCUGGCGGGCCUCGGCCCGAGCGAGCGUCCACGAUGUGGCUGGCGCCGGAGGAGGUGCUGGUGGCCAACGCUCUGUGGGUGACGGAGCGGGCCAACCCCUUCUUCUUGCUGCAGCGGCGCCGGGGGCACGGCAAAGGCGGCGGGCUCACGGGUCUCCUUGUGGGAACCCUGGAUGUGGUGCUGGACUCCAGUGCUCGUGUGGCGCCAUACCGUAUUCUACACCAAACCCAAGACUCGCAGAUUUACUGGACAGUGGCAUGCGGUUCUUCUCGCAAAGAGAUCACCAGGUACUGGGAAUGGCUGGAAAGUAACUUGCUUCAGACUCUGGCUAUCUUUGACAACGAGGAAGAUAUCACCACCUUUGUUAAGGGCAAGAUCCACGGCAUCAUUGCUGAGGAGAACAAAGGGCUCCCAGCUCAGGGAGAUGAGGACCCCGGGAAGUUCAAGGAGGCGGAGCUGAAGAUGCGCAAACAGUUUGGCAUGCCAGAGGGGGAACGGCUGGUCAACUAUUACUCCUGCAGCUUCUGGAAGGGCCAUGUACCCCGUCAGGGCUGGCUCUAUCUCUCCGUCAACCACCUCUGCUUCUACUCCUUCCUGCUGGGCAAGGAAGUGAGCCUUGUGGUGCAGUGGGUAGAUGUGACACGGCUGGAGAAGAAUGCCACCCUCCUCUUCCCGGAGAGCAUCCGCGUGGCCACCCGCGACCAAGAGCUCUUCUUUUCCAUGUUCCUCAACGUGGCCGAAACAUUCACGCUCAUGGAACAGCUUGCCAACCUGGCAGUGCGCCAGUUGCUCGACAACGCCAGCCUCCCCGAGGAGAAGGCACCCCCGAGGCCUGUGUGUGCACAGAGGAACAGUUCCGCACUGAAGCGAGACCUGGACGCGCGUGCCAAGAACGAGUGUUACCGGGCCACAUUCCGGCUGCCGCUGGAUGAGCGGCUGGAUGGCCACACAAGCUGCACACUGUGGGCGCCCUUCCACAAGAUGCACGUGCCAGGGGUGCUCUUCAUCUCGGGCAACUACAUCUGUUUCGCAAGCAAGGAGGAGGAUGCCUGCCACCUGAUCAUUCCACUGCGGGAGGUGACCAUCGUGGAGAAGGCUGACUGCUCCAGCGUCCUGCCCAGCCCACUGUCUAUCAGCACCCGUGGAAAAAUGACCUUCCUCUUUGCCAAUUUGAGGGAUCGUGACUUUCUGGUUCAGAAGAUCUCGGAUUUCCUGCAGAAGACUCCCACCAAGGCACCAAAGGCCAGCAACGAGGCCUGGGGAGCCAACCUAGAGAGCCCCCAGAAGUUUACGGAACUGCCUGCCAGCCCUUCCUCACCCCUGGAGAAAACCCAACUGCCUAGUGUGCUGGAGGCACCCACAGCUUCGCAGGGUCUGCUGAAACUCUUCCAGAAGGACACACCCAUAGAGGACCUGGGAGCCAAAGGGGCCAAGGAGAAGAUGAAGGAGGAGUCAUGGAACAUUCAUUUCUUUGAGUAUGGCCGUGGCAUGUGCAUGUACCGCACUGCCAAGACACGGGAAUUGGUGCUGAAGGGGAUCCCUGAAAGUCUUCGCGGGGAACUCUGGCUCCUCUUCUCAGGGGCUUGGAACGAGAUGGUGACACACCCUGGUUACUAUGCCCACCUGGUGGCACAGUCCAUGGGCAAGUACAGCCUAGCCACAGAGGAGAUUGAGCGUGACCUGCACCGCUCCAUGCCUGAGCACCCCGCCUUCCAGAACGAUAUGGGAAUCGCCGCACUGCGCCGCGUACUCACAGCCUAUGCCUUCCGCAACCCCAACAUCGGCUACUGCCAGGCCAUGAACAUUGUGACUUCCGUGCUCCUGCUCUAUGGCAAUGAGGAAGAGGCCUUCUGGCUGCUGGUGGCCCUCUGCGAGCGCAUGCUGCCCGACUAUUAUAACACCCGAGUGGUGGGGGCGCUGGUGGACCAGGGCAUCUUUGAGGAGUUGACACGGGAGCUGCUGCCGUCGCUGUGGGCCGGCAUGCGGGAACUGGGUGUCAUCUCCAGCAUCUCGCUGUCGUGGUUCCUCACGCUCUUCCUCAGCGUCAUGCCCUUUGAGAGUGCCGUGGUGGUCGUUGACUGCUUCUUCUAUGAGGGCAUCAAGGUGAUCCUACAGCUGGCACUGGCCAUCCUGGAUGCCAACGCCGAGGCACUGCUGGCCUGCAGUGAUGAGGGCGAAGCCAUGACCAUCCUGGGCAGAUACCUGGACAAUGUGGUAAAUCGCCAGAGCAUCUCCCCACCUGUCCCACACCUCCAUGCCCUGCUGACGAGUGGGGACACCCCACCAGCUCAAGUGGACAUCUUCGACCUGCUAAAGUUGUCCUAUGAGAAAUUCAGCAGUCUGAGGACCGACAGUAUUGAGCAGAUGCGGUUUAAACAACGGCUCAAAGUGAUUCAGUCCCUGGAAGACACGACAAAGAGGAGUGUGGUCCGAGCCAUUCCUGGAGACAUUGGCUUCUCAAUCGAGGAGCUGGAGGAGCUCUACAUGUUGUUUAAGGCCAAGCACCUGACAAGCCAGUACUGGGGGGUCAGUCAGCACCCUGCUGCUGGGCGCCGGGAUCCCAGCCUGCCCUAUCUGGAGCAGUACCGCAUCGAUGGCUCCCAGUUCCAGGAGCUCUUCGCUGCCCUGGCACCUUGGGCCUGCGGGGCCCACACAUCCGUGCUGGCCGCUCGCAUGUUCCGUCUCUUGGAUGCCAACAGGGACCUGCUCAUCAACUUCAAGGAGUUCGUGACUGGCAUGAGUGGGAUGUACCAUGGAGAUCUGACUGACAAGCUGAAGGCACUGUAUAAACUGCACCUGCCCCCAGCUCUGAAUGCUGAUGAGGCGGAGUCGGCCCUGGAAGCCACCCAAUACUUCACCCAGGACUGUGCCCCCGAGGGAGCCUUACCGGAGAAGGAACACGAGGGACUUCCAAGAAAGGAUGUGGGGGAGAAACAAGGAAGCCAACCCCAGCAGACCUCCCCAGGGGCUGAGAACAAAGGGACCAGUGCCCCCGAUUAUCGGCAUUACCUGCGAAUGUGGGCAAAAGAGAAGGAAGCCCAGAAGGAGACCAUCAAGGAUCUUCCCAAAAUGAACCAGGAGCAGUUUAUCGAGCUGUGCAAGACCUUGUACAAUAUGUUCAGUGAGGACUCCCAGGAGCAAGAACUGUACCAUGCCAUUGCCACCGUGGCCAGCCUGCUGCUGCGCAUAGGUGAGGUGGGGAAGAGGUUCUCACAUCGCACCUCUGACCAGAAGAUCCUGGAAGGCAGCCUGGAAGAGGAGGGAGAGUCAGAAGUGGAGGAGACACCACUCCUGCAGCCUCUGGAGACUCCCCAGGACUCCGAGGCAGAUGCUACAGGGGACCCACAAGCCAAAGCAGGCGGGGACAGUCAAAUGCACAAAACCCCGCUUGAAAGCCAGGUGGUGGGGGAGGAGGGCAGUGGCGAAGGCCCAGGUGCCGCAUCCCCACUGUGGGACGAGGACACCAAAGAUGAUCUGUCUGUGUCGUCUUUCUCGGUGGUGAGUGCCAGCUCACUCCCCUGCGAUGACCUGGCAGAGGAAAUGGUGCUUGUGGUGGGGGCCCAGGUGGCUGCAGGAAUGGCCAGGGCUGAGGGCACUGAGGAUGCUGCAGUGAAGGCCGAGGCCACCAUGGACACUGAGGUGAGGGACAAGGGCACCGUGAAUACCGCAGUCAAAUCUGAGGCUGCUGUGGAUGCUACAGUGCGGGCUGAGGGCACCGUGGAUGCGGACUGGUGCAUCUCCUUCGAGCAAAUCCUGGCAUCUGUCCUCACCGAACCAGCACUGGUGACCUUCUUUGAGAAGCGUGUGGAGCUGGGUGCCAAGAUCCGGGACCAGAAGAAAGUGGAACGACAGCUCAGCACCUGCAGUGACCCCUUAGAACAGUGCAGUGGAUCUGUCUGAGGUGCCAUUCCAGGCUUCACUACCCCUUUCCUAGCUCCCCAGAAGUCACGGGUAGAAAAGGCAAGGACCUUGCCCUUUCUCCCUAGCUUACACCAUUACCUUGUCUUUUAGCCCUUAGAGCAUCCAGGUACAGGGAAGGACCUGAGCAUUUCCAGGGCUUCUGGCUGCCAACCUCACUGGGGGUGUGCCCAUGACUCACUUUGGAGGUGCCACCACCUCCAAAAUCCUACCCCACAUACUCCAGCUGUGCCAGCAUUACUGCUCUCCAUGCCUUAAUAAACCC